GGCGUGCCGGCGCGCGGGGGCGAUGCUGCCGAGGCGCAGCUCGCUGACGGGGCUGGCGGUGGGGCUCUUCGCCGUCUACGUGGCGCACACCUGCUGGGUGAUGUACGGCAUCGUCCACACCCGGCCCUGCCUGGCGGCCGCGCGCGACACCGGCGGCGGCGGCGGCGGCAACGACGGCUGCAUCCGGCCCUACCUGGCGCGGCGGCCCAAGCUGCAGCUGAGUGUUUACACCACCACACGGUCAAACAUAGGUACAGAGAAUAAUAUUGAUCUGGUUUUGAAUGUGGAAAAUUUUGAUGUCGAGUCCAAAUUUGAAAGAACAGUUAAUGUAUCUGUACCAAAGAAAACACGGAAUAAUGGGACAUUAUAUGCCUACAUCUUUCUGCAUCAUGCUGGAAUUCUGCCUUGGCACGAUGGAAAACAAGUACAUAUUGUUAGCCCUCUCACCACAUACAUGAUACCUAAACCAGAAGAAAUUAAUCUUCUCACAGGAGAAUCUAUUACCCAGCAAAUCGAAGCAGAGAAAAAGCAAACGUAUGCCCUGGAUGAACCUGUCUCGCAUUGGAGAUCCAGGUUGACUUUAAAUGUUAUGGUGGAAGACUUUGUCUUCGAUGGAUCCUCUCUCCCAGCCGAUGUACACAGAUACAUGAAAAUGGUCCAGUUGGGCAAGACAGUGCAUUAUCUUCCAAUAUUAUUCAUUGACCAGCUGAGCAACAGAGUAAAAGAUUUAAUGAUAAUAAACCGCUCGACAACCGAACUUCCACUGACAGUAUCGUACGAUAAAAUAUCCCUGGGAAAGCUCCGGUUUUGGAUCCACAUGCAGGAUGCCGUGUAUUCGCUGCAGCAGUUCGGUUUUUCAGAAAAAGAUGCUGAUGAAGUGAAGGGAAUUUUUGUGGACACAAACCUCUAUUUUCUUGCUUUGACAUUCUUUGUAGCAGCAUUCCAUCUUCUCUUUGACUUCCUUGCAUUCAAAAAUGACAUCAGCUUCUGGAAGAAAAAGAAAAGCAUGAUUGGCAUGUCCACAAAAGCAGUGCUUUGGCGAUGCUUUAGCACCGUGAUCAUAUUUCUGUUCCUUUUGGAUGAGCAAACAAGCUUGCUAGUGCUGAUUCCGGCAGGUGUUGGGGCAGUGAUUGAGCUUUGGAAAGUGAAGAAAGCAUUGAAAAUGACAAUUGAAUGGAGUGGCCUGAUGCCCACAAUUAAGUUUGGCGCAUUUACGGAGUCUGAAAAGAAAACGGAGGAAUACGAUACCCAGGCCAUGAAAUACCUGUCAUAUUUGCUGUAUCCAUUGUGCAUUGGAGGUGCAAUUUACUCGUUGCUGAAUAUCAGAUACAAAAGCUGGUAUUCAUGGUUAAUUAACAGCUUUGUAAAUGGAGUUUAUGCUUUUGGAUUUCUGUUUAUGUUGCCACAACUCUUCGUAAAUUAUAAGAUGAAAUCUGUUGCACAUUUGCCAUGGAAGGCAUUCACAUAUAAAGCGUUCAACACGUUCAUCGAUGAUAUUUUUGCAUUUAUCAUCACGAUGCCAACAUCUCAUCGGCUGGCAUGUUUUAGGGAUGAUGUAGUGUUCCUGGUUUAUCUUUACCAAAGAUGGCUUUAUCCUGUGGAUAAGAGCAGAGUAAAUGAAUAUGGAGAAUCGUAUGAAGAGAAGCCAAAACGAAAACCCCACAAAGAAUAAUUGGAGAUAACUCCAGAAGCUUCUUUAAACUGACACUGGCUGCAUAUGUUGCGUGACUUUUAAAAAGAGACGAAGCAAAAGAGUAUUCUUCAAAGCUUGUGACAGAACUUCAUGGACAAUUUAUCAUCUGCAUUGCCAAAAUAUGUUUUGAUUGCCUCUGGAUCUAAUUAUUUUGUUAUGAUUAUAAGUCUUCUUUUGGGUUCCAAAAGUCUGCCGAUAUUUCUGCCAGGGUUCACACAGAUGGUUAACAUUUUGAAUACAUGCAAAAUCUUCUGCAUCCAUAUUUCUCUGGUCUACCUGACUGUCUUGCACAUUCCACCAGUUGGCAGUGAAGUAUAUGCCCUUUUUAAGGGCGCUACUGAGUCUUUUGUGAAACAAGCACCUACUUACAAAUAAUUACGAAAAGUGGUGACGGGGGCCAGGCUUUGACUUUCAAAUCGUCCUGUGCAAAGCUUUUGUUCUCUGUUGGACCAAUCCCUGCCCUGGGUAUGAUCUAGCCAAAAUUCGGCCCAUUCAAUUGUCAUAGAUUUCAGCGAGAGAGACUCAAAUCCCUGCUUCUCUCACUCCCUGAAGUCCAGUAAGUUUAUAAAAAAAUGGGUUGGCUGGAUGGUGUCCCCUGUUUUGCAUUGCUUUCUCCACUGUGAGCAUCUCAGUUCUUACUACUGUUUCUUAGUCCCAAGGUGUCAACUGUGCUUCUUAUGGUAAAAUUAGUUCUUACAGCAGAAUUGGGCAUUGUCUUGAAACUUUAUGAAUAUCUAAAAGCAUGCACGCUAAGCUGUAUGUACCGAACAACUGAAAUCAACACUGGACUCAGAAAGCUUCUAACAUUGUAAAACAUUUUUAAAUGGCAGAGGUUUAUUAGCAUAAGUCCAGCUGAGCUUGUGCAGCAAAUAGUAUUCUGUAGUUAUUUUUGUACGCAAGGCAAAAUACUUUCCUCCAGCUCUAAAGCUGGAACGCCUUCAAUUCCUCCCAGACUGAUGGAUGGGCUUUUUCUCCCCUUAUGUGAGAGCCAUUACGUUGUAGUCAAAGGUAUCGUUUAAAACAAAUGUAAAUACAUACUUUGCAUGACACACUAUUGUGCCAAUUAUACUUCGGCAGGGAAAAUGCAGAUAUUCUUUCUUUAGUGACAUAAAAUGAGGUUGGGGUAAAGGGUUGAAGCAGCAGGUAGACAGAAAAUCUGAACUAUUGAGAGAAAUUUAGACGGGAAAUUGUGUUCAAAAACUGCUGGGAAGGGGAACGUAGCUUUUCAGGUGCUGUAUUUUUUGGGAACAUAGGGGUGUAACAUUUUAUAACUACCCUUUUUAUAAAUUUGGAUGCCGUAGUUAUUAAUCAAAUAAUGUCGCUACUUUUCUCGAAAUAGAAUUUAUUUUAAGCAUAUUCAAACGGCAGUGAAAGAAGAUCAUUUCUACUGUGCGAGGAGAUUUAAUAGAGCCGCAAUCCUACAUCACAUAUUUGAGGCCACCGUCAUUUAAGUUCCAGGAGCUUUCCUCCCAGAGACAAGGGAUGCGGUCACCAUUUCAGUCCCCAGUCCUUAACGCUUCAAGUUCUGCCUUACAAAUGUGGAGCAAAGGCACCUGCUGGAAUGUGUGACCACUGAGGGCUGCAAAGCUGCUCCAGCUGUAUUUUGAAUGAGACUUGAGCAUGCUUAAUGAUGACCUUUGUUGCCAAAAGGUUGCACUUUUAAUGUCGCUGAAUAUGCAUGUGUGUUUUCCCCAUAUAGCACCCCAAAAAUGACUGAUACUUGAUUUCUACAGGCAAUAUCCAUUUGCUCAAAAUGGGUAUAUUUGGGUAGUUAUAAUGGCUUGGAUCCAGACCGUGCUAGUCUUCCUUUAAUCCCAUUUAAACCAAUGGGUGAAAGUUUUUGAAUUGUUAGUGUUAAUUUAAGUAACACAAAUUAGUUUGUGUUUCAAUUAAAACACUGAAAGGAGGGGUGACUAAAGCCUGACUAACUUAGUCUGAAUCUAACCCUUUCUGUUCAGUAAUUUUUAAAACGGCAAUAUUGGCCCCUACCCUAAAACUUUAUUUCUUCCGCUAGAUAUAUUCUAAACUCUGUAAAUCAGAUUGUACAUUAUUAAACAGGGGGAGAAUGUUAACCCAAUUCAAAGUCAAUUACAGGCCCAAACUGUAAAUCAUUAACCUCUUGGCAGAAAUAUUAAUCUCCCAGGUUUCUUUGGUUGGUGUUUAAAAGUACAUAAUAUCAGUGCUUAGCUGAAUAAUUUGCAGUGCAAAUAUCUGAUUUAAAUGAGCAUUUUUGUUUUACAUUUGAACAAAGAUUGUAACUGGUGGUAAUCUCCAUGUCCUGUCUAAGCAGAGAGAUCUGGUUACCAUCAUCCGGUCAGUGAUCUUAGUUCCCUUCACUCUAUGUACAAAUAAAUGUUUACAGUAUA